AUGGCUGAAAUCCCUUCCAGUGAUAAAAAGUCGAAACUCAAACCAGCCGACGACAGCAAAGAAAUGCUGCAAAUGGAGCCAUCCGACGAUGUUGAUGUUGAACACGACGAAGACGAAGUGGAAAUGGAGAUGGAAGAGUAUCUGAUGAACCAGGAAUCCAAUCCGUCAAUUGUCAGGAGACAGCCCUCUUCAACAGCUCGAUCUACGACCUCAGCAAGAGGGCGUAUCCCAAGUGCCACCUCUUCGCAAUCGACCCAAUGGACAUCCAACAAGGUUUACAUAGGCGUGGAAGGCGAUGCUAUUGAGGCCAUGUCGUGUUCGUCCAAGAAUAUGAAUGCUUCGCCUGGCAGUUCUAAGGGUCACGGUUCCCGCGAUUCCCAUGAUCGCUACAGAACAAGUCACGGAGAGGAGCUGGUUGUCUCCUCGGGAAGAUCGCACUCGAAAAACGCACCACAACCACAGCAAGAAGCAGCAAGGAAGCACCAUGAGAAGUAG